AUGAUAGCAACAUCAGCAGCAAAUGCAGCAGCAGCAGCCGCAGCAGCAGCAGCGAGAAGAAUCCGCGUAAGCAGCAGAUCUGUUUAUUUUUCUUCUAUAAAUUUGUCUGCUUCUCAUCUGAGACAAACAAAUUUGCUGCUGCACUAUACCCUGGGGGGCCCCCUGCAGCAAGCAGCGCAGCGGCGCUGGUUUGCUGCAGCAGUAGCAGCAGAUGAGGGCCCCCCACAGCAGCAGCAGCAGCAGCAAGAGCUGCAGCAGCAGCAACAGGAGCAACAGCAGCAGCAGGAGUGUGCGGCCCCACAGAUACUGACGCCUUGGGGGCGACACAAACAGCUGCAGGCAAUGCAGCAACAGCAGCAGCAGCAGCAACAGGAGCAGCAGCUGCAUGAUCUCCUACCCGAAGCAGUGCAGCAGCUGUUGCCUCGCGCUGCAGCAAGAGCAGCACUUGCUGCUUCAGCGCAGCAGCAAACCCGUAGGGCGGGGCUCUUUAGGAGGGCUUCGCGACUAAAUGCUGCUGCUGUUGCUGUGGAGCUGCAUGCACUUGCUAGCAGCAGCAGCGGCUGCAAGCGCAGCAGCAGCAGCAGCAGCACGGCAGCAGCAGCGGGCAUCCUCAUAGACGACUACAGCAGCAGCACGAGAGAUGAAGCGGAUUGGCAGGAGACAGGAGAAUUGCUGCUGCUGCUGCUGCAGCGGCAGCAGCAAAUCUUGUCUUCUGUGUCUCUGCAGCAGCUAGCUGUCUCGUUAGAUGCUGUUGGGUCCUUUCCGCUGCACCAACUACAGCAGCAGCAGCAGCAGCAGGUAGCAGAGUGCAUGCGCUCUCUCGCCGAUAGAGCGAGGGUCCUGCUGCUGCAGCAGCAUUCAGCAGCAGCCGCAGCAGGAAGUGCUGCAGCAGCGGCACCUGCAGCAGCAGCACGAACUGCAGCAGGGGCAGCAGCAAAUGCUGCAGCAGCAGACAUGCCCGUUGCGGCAGCACUCCUUGUUGCUGCUGCAUCUCUUCACCCGCCGCAUCUGCAGCUUGCUGUUGCUGCUGCAGCGAGAAUCGUUUCCUUAGCAGCAACAGCAGCAGCAGCAGCAGCAAGCGAAAAGGAGACAGCUGAUCGCCCUGUAGCAUCUCUUCUGUCUCUCCGCGACCGUCUGGAGGCUGUUGCGGGGGGCCCUCCUGCUGCUGCUGCUGCUGCUACCAGAGACCAGCAGCAGCAGCAGCAGCAGCAGCAGCAGGUUUCUCUCUUGGGCGUUACGGGUUUGUGCGCUGUUUGCAAGGCGCUGCUGUCCGUAGGAAGGAGCUGCUGCUGCGCUGCUGCUGCAGAACAGCAGCAGCAGCGGCUGCGUCUGCUGCUGCAGCAGGUAGCACUUGAGCUGCUGCAGCUGCACCUUACUGAGACGCGAGUUGCAGCUAUAACAGCAGCAGAAGCAAUGCUUCUAGCGGACUUGUUGCAGCAGCAGCUGCUGCAAGGAGCAGCACCUGCAGCAUCACAAGGAGGCGCUGCAGCAGCAGCAACAGAUCAGGAAACAGAAGCAGCAGCAACUGCUGCUGCAGCAGAGGGUUUGCUGCUGCGCAGCAGCUGGGUGCCUGCUUUUCUAGAGCGGAUCGUAGCGCUGCUGCAGAACGAAUCAGCAGCAGCAGCAGCAGCAGCAGCAGCAAGCAGCAGCAGCAGCAGCAGCAGCACUUUUGGAGUGCGUGGCUGUUUGUCUUUGUUUUCUUUUGCUGCUGCCUUGCAGAAGACUGCUCUCCCUUAUGCGGCGACCCCUCAAGGAAAGGAUGUGCUGGAGGCGCUGCAGCAGCUGCUGCUGCUGCUUUGUUGUGAAAGGCUGCUGCUGCUGCUGAGGGCCCUAAACCCUCACCAAAAGGAGCAGCUAUGCAAAGCCCUAAGCUGCCUCGGCCUUCCGAACGUUGCAGAGAUGAAGCUGACGCCAAACCCUAAAACCCUAACUUGCCCCUGA